AUGGCCGGGCGCAUGCGCUACCAAGUUCGUCGUCUCGCUCUGCCAUCCUCAUCGGCAAACCAUCAUUCAGGAUGUGAGGCCCGAACCUACACCUGCACCGCAACCACCACCUACACCGAUGCCGACUACGGGUACGGCUGGUAUCAAUUCGGCAGGAUGCCACCCCAAAAAGUCCAGCCGCAAUACAUAACCCUCCGCACAGCGAGCGCAAAGUCGUCCGUCGUCUCCAGUGUCUCGAGUGCGACGUCCACAGCAUCAAACGCGAGAGAUUCGAAAACAAGACCCAAAGAAGCCGCCGCCUCAACAACAACAACAACAACAACGUCAACCCAAGACACAAGCCGUUCCGGCCUCUUCUGGGAGUCCGCCGGUCUCGACAUCGAGCCCCGCUGGGCCCGACAACCCGACAUCGACGCCAUCGCCCAAGUCGUCCGCCGCCACCUCGGAAUAACCUCCCCCUCGCAAUGCGUCGUUACCUUUCACUCCUCCGGCACCUACAACAAGCUCUACCACGUAAACUCCCCAGCCCAUGGCCGCUACCUCAUGCGCGUCAUUCUUCCCGUCGACCCGCACAACAAGACCCGAGGCGAGGUUGCCUCGCUCCAGCUCGUGCGGUGCAAGACCGACAUUCCCGUUCCCGUGGUGGUGGCCUAUGACGAUACGAGUGAUAACGAGAUUGGGUUCGAAUGGAUCUUGAUGGAGCUGUUGGAAGGACAACCGGCGCAUUUGCGAUGGAGAAAGAUGAACAUGCGGCAGAAGGAGAGAUUGGUGGGAAGGAUGGCCGAAUUCCAGGCGCAGCUGUCGAGGUGCGGGAAUAUGACGGAAUCGGGGUUUAGGGGAAUAGGCACGCUGGGAGCUACCUCCAGGGGAGACAGCGACUUUGUGGACCUGAUGAUGCCCGAGCCUGGGCCCAUGGUCUCUCCAGUGUUCUUUACGGGGGAGCGUUGGCAUUAUCCGGUGUCGAGAGGGCCGUUCCAAUCAAGCCACGACUGGCUUAGGUCCUACCUCAGCGUCAUCAUCAAGGAGCACAGCGCUACUCUUGCUCAGCCACCGCCCAGAAUCCCCGACGAUACAGACCGCGAGAAAAGGGAAUCAGCCGAAGGUGUUACUCGAGUCGCCCGCAAGUUAGCCCGCCUCUUGCACAAACUCUUCCCGCAGCUUGUGCACCCACCAGAGCGUACAGCCCUUUGGCACGGCGACUCCCUGUCACUCGAUAACAUCCUCGUCGACGAAAACGGGCGCAUCACGGGUGUCGUGGACUGGGAAUGCGUGUCGACGAUGCCGCGGUGGGUAUCCACACAGUUCCCCGAGUUCCUGCGCGGCGGUGUUGAGCGCGAAGAGGAGCCGCACCGGAGCCGGUAUGCCGACGUGUUCAGUGACGAGGAGGCCUCGGAGGAAGGACAGGAUGGUGGCGUUGAGGAUGUUCCGGACAACGAAGGAAAGACGGAGCUGUACUGGAUACACCUAAUGGAAUACGAGCAGACGCAGCUGAGGAGGGUUUACAGCGCCAGGAUGGGCCAGUUGAUGGGUCACGGGUGGGAUGCGGAAGUCGAGGAGGCCGCGCUCAAGGUGGACUUUCUAGGCGCGGUAGCCAAGUGCGCGCAGGGCUUGUACCUCAAGAGAAUCGAGCAAUGGGUGGAUGCGGUAGAAGGCAAGGAGUUUGUUAGGUUGGGGGAUGUGUUGAGAGGGGGUGUGGCGGGGAGAAAGGAUUCGAAUGCGUCGACUACUUCGGGGCCGACAGACACCAGAACAACGCCGGGAAUAACAACAAUAAAAACAACGGCGACAUUGAGCCCGAAGCGCGGGACGGAAAAUCAACGGCCACGGUUUUCCAUGACCAAAAUCUAUUGA